UGAACACUUAGUGAUAGAGUUGUAUUAGAGACGUUCUAAUGGUGUCAUCAAGGUGCGUUAAUACAAUGGAGAAGACUCCUAUUUAUAGAGAAAAAUCUAAGCUUAUUAAGAUUAGAGGAUAAUUGUGAACCACACAAUUAUUAUCUAGAAUCAUAAUUAUGAUUUCCUAAUUAUUAUACAUAGAUGAUAAUAAUUCCCAAUAAAGAAUAGUCAGAAGAUGACUAUCCAAAGAAGCGAUUUUUUAGAUCUUGACGUCUCGACAGAACGAAAACUUCAGGCCUUCCAACUUCUGCUGCCUCUUAGAUACUCGCAUGGAAUUGAAAUGAAUUGAACAUCUUCCUGCCCAGCAUCGAGGCUGUUUAGGCUUAUUAAUCUACCUCAUUGCAUGAACUGAAUCAUCACAUCGAAAAUAAUAAUAUGAAUACGGCAAAUCAAGAAUCUCCCGUUUGCUUGAAGCUGUUGAUAGAUGAGAAGGUGAAUCGAGUGGUAGCCGCCGAAGCAAACUCAGACUUCGCGGAUAUACUCCUCAGCUUCCUCACCAUCCCCAUGGGAACCAUAAUCAGGCUCACCAGCAAAACAGAUGCUCAAAAAGCAGCGUCUCUGAAAAUUGGUUGCAUGAACAAGCUGUACCAUGCUUUUGAAAACCUGAACCCAGAAAUCUGGUAUACCAAACACUGCAGGACCAUGGUGUUGAACCCGAGAAAUCCGCGCGCUGACUACUGCAAGAAAUUGAAGAUUAGUGUUGACGAUUCUGGGUCUCAGGUUACAUACAUGUGUAGCAGAGGAAGCUGUGGAAGCAAGUAUGAAGAUGUUCCCUGCAAGUGUGGUGACACGACCAAGGCCCCAAAGGAAAGAAAAUUAACAGAUGAUUCUUUGGGGGGUCAUGGAUAUAACGGCGGUGCGUUUCUGAAGAGGGGGAGGGUAAUGUUCAUCAUCAGCGACAAUUUACAAAUUAAUCCUUCUUCUCCAACAGUUCUUGCCCAGAUUCUAUCUGGUCUUGGUUCCAGCGAAAUGAACCAAAUCAGUGAGAUGUCUGUAGACGUUAGCAAGGAGCAGGUGACCCGUCUGCUAGCACGUUCACUGGUUUCAAAGUCUCCUUUAACUGAUGUGUUUCUACCAAAAAUGGGAGCUUCGAUCCUACCUAGCCUACCAUUGAACCAGCCAAGAUUGGCAUCCUUAUUAAUGCGUGGACCGAAUGGUCUUCUCCGGCAUGAAAGUAAAACUGUUCCAAAAUUGUAUCUGAAAGUGACAUUAAACAAGUCUUCAAACAAGAUUUUGUUUGCAGAGGCCACAAAUGAGUUCUUCGAUUUCCUCUGUACAUUCAUGACCAUUCCUAUCGGUGCAAUCGUAUAUAAUUUGAAAUGGAAUUCUGGGUUAGGCUGUAUGGAUGCCUUGUAUACAAGUAUGGUCGACUUGGAUGACAAAUGGUUUGAAUCUGGUGCUACGAAUUCCUUAUCCUUAUCGUUCCCUGCACUUGCUCAGCACCAUGACUGUAAGAAUCAACCUCUAAAAUUGUCGGAGUUUGGGAGUAAAAUUAUGAUGAACCCCAAGGGCGGCACAAACUUCGCGCAAGAACCUUCAGAGUUCAUAAUUUCAGAUGAUUUGGAAGUGAAGCCUCUGUCUUCUGCAUCAUGCUUUAACAUACUAAAGGCAGCGCCGGUCCCGACAAAUGAGAGGCCCCGUUAAAAAGAAAAAUCGGAGGCCCUAAUAUUUUCAUUCAUAAAAACACUCUGAAGUUCUCUUCUAUCAAAUUUUGAGAUAAAAUAAACUCAUCUGUUUGUUUUUUCUUCAUUCGUUUUUCAUUUCCAGAUUCAUACUUUCUAAUUCUAG